AUGCUGCCUCCUGCUCCUCUCCCCUGCCCCCUCUCCCUCUUCCUCUCCUUCUACGGCUCCAGCCCCCUCACGGCCGUCGUCUCCCACCAAGACAACCUCGUCACGGACUUCGAGUCCUUGCGUGCCCGCGAGCCCGUCGACUGGGCUGGGGAGGAUCCUACGCACAGCGAUCACGAGCAGCAAGGCGAAGAGGGAGAGGUCCGCUGGCUCGACUCUUCCCAGACCAUCUCGUGCAGCCCUCGCAGCAAGCCGCAGCCUCGCAUGUUGCCCUCCACUGGAGCACGCCAGUUGGCAAGAGCAACACUCGACCAGCAAGGGGAAUGCAGCAGCGGAUCGCGAGGAUAUGCGGUAGCAGGCAAGCACUACCGAGCGCUCUCGCUACCUCCAACCUGUGAUCGCAACCCAUCGUAA